AUGGGAUCCAUGGAAAUGUGGAUGCAUGCAGGAAGUUUUUUGAGAGAAAAAGUAAUAAGGCUGAUACAACAAGUAUGGAAAGAGGGAGAGAUGCCAGAAGACUGGAGGAUGAGUAUUAUAGUACCCUUAUAUAAAAGUGGGGACCAAGAGAAAAUGGAAAACUAUAGAGACAUCUCGUUACUAUGCACGGCGUACAAGGUGUAUGCAGAAAUAAUAAGGAAUAGAUUAGAGAAGGAAGUAGAAAGGAGGAGUCUGUUGUCAGAAAAUCAGGCAGGAUUUAGGAAAAGGAGAUCGACCAUAGACAACAUAUUUGUUCUCAGCCACAUGGCCCAAAGAAAAAUAAGCGAAGGAGGAGAUGGAAGAAAGAUAUACGCCCUGUUUGCAGAUUUGAAGGCGGCAUUUGACAAUGUGGAUAGGGAGAUGUUAUGGAAAAUAAUGAGAAGAAAUGGCUUGGACGAGAAGAUGAUAAGAAGAGUAGAAAGAUGUACGAGGUAA